AUGGCCUGUGGGGUUAAGAUAUGGUAUCUGAUGUCCAUAAUGUUAUCCCUACUGCUGAAUUGUCGAUCAUUCAUUCAUGGCAAACCACAAGUCCCUUGUUACUUUGUUUUCGGAGACUCACUAGUUGAUAAUGGCAAUAACAAUGACCUUGUGACGGUGGCAAAAGUCAAUUUCUUACCCUAUGGAAUCGAUUUUCUGGCUGGGCCGACUGGCAGAUUCACCAAUGGUCAAAACGCAGCUGAUAUUAUUGGUGAACUUUUAGGCUUUGACGAUUUCAUUCCACCCUUUGCAACAACAAAUGGCUCAGACAUCCUUAAAGGUGUCAACUACGGAUCUGGUGGAGCCGGAAUUCGCAGCGAAACCGGAAAAACACUGGGUGGUCGGAUCAGCUUGACGAAACAAUUACGAAACCACAACGUCACUGUUUCACGCAUCGAAUUGUUACUUGGAAACAAAGCUGCUGCUAAAGAUUACCUGAACAAAUGCAUAUAUGGUGUGGUAAUAGGCAGUAAUGACUACAUCAACAACUACUUACAGCCUCAAUUCUACUCCACAAGCCGCAAAUAUACUCCAGAUCAAUAUGCUGCAGUCCUCAUUCAACAAUAUUCGUGUAAACUAAGGACUUUGUACAAGCACGGAGCAAGAAAAAUAGCAAUUUUUGGACUUCCUCAAAUAGGUUGCACUCCAGGUGAGUUGGCAUCACAUGCCAUAAAUGCUUCUGGAUGCGUGGAUACGAUAAACAACGAAGUCCAACUAUUCAACAAUAGACUUAAGCCACUGGUUGAUGGCCUCAACAAGGAUCUACAUGGUGCAAAAUUUAUCUAUGUAAACACCACAAGCAUUACUUCCGGGGAUGUUUCAGUUCUUGGUGUUACAGUCCCAAACACUCCGUGUUGUGAAGUAUCGACAACAACAGGAUUAUGUGUUCCAGGACAAGUACCAUGCAGCAAUAGAACUGAAUAUGCAUUUUGGGAUGCUUUUCAUCCUACUGAGAUAAUAAAUCUGAUCUUGGCUAGAAGAGCAUACAAUGCUCUGCUACCAACUGACACAUAUCCCAUCGAUAUUUGCCGUUUGGCUGAAUUAUAA